GCGGGUCGCGAUGCUGCGGCGAAAACCGACGCGGCUGGAGCUGAAGCUGGACGACAUCGAGGAGUUCGAGAGCAUCCGGAAGGACCUGGAGAGCCGCAAGAAGCAGCGGGAGGACGCGGAGGUGGCGGCGGCCGGCGAGGAGGCGGCGGCGGCGGCCAUCGCGCUGGGCGCCGACCACAAGAGCCGGGAGCAGAUCAUCAAUGACCGCAUCGGCUACAAGCCGCAGCCCAAGGCCGGCGGCCGCGCCGCCCACUUCGGCACCUUCGAGUUCUAGCGGCGGGGGCGGCCCGGCC